CACGUGAGGAAACACCGCCGCCCAAAGAAGAAGCGGGAGGCGAUCAUGGCGGCGUCCAUGUGUAGGACGUUACGGAUCUUUAAUCAGCCAGCAGGUCCCGGUUUAAAGUGUGUUGCUUCCUUACUGGAAGUGCAGUUAGCCCAGCCUGUGGUGAUUCCUGUACGGACAAAGAAGCGCUACUUCAUCCCGCCCUCAGUUAGCAUUAAGAGUAGGAGCCUCGAGGAGCAGGAGGCAGCGGUUCGGGCUGCAGGUGUGGUCGCCAGGCAGCAGUACAUCGAGAGACCCAUCAACAUUUCAUGCACAGCUGGAAUCGUGGAUCCAUACAUCCCUCCCGAAGGUGAUGCUCGUCUCUCCACUCUGUCUAAAGAGGGUCUGAAACAGCGCACAGAGCAGCUGCGACAAAGUGCUGCCUCACAGCUAGCCUUUCGUAAGAUAAAGGACCAUGACUCUGAGUUCUCGUCUAAGGGAUUUGCUGUUAAAGCUCAGGAAAUCUUCAUUGAGGCUCAUGCGGCCCUGACAGAGUUCAACAAAGAGAAACUUCAUUCAUUGGUCACAGAGCGAUGUUACCCGGAAAUGGUUCGAGGGAAUCGGUAUAAAACACUGCGCUGGCGCUUUAUUGAAUCACUGGAGCCGCCGAGGGUGGUUCAUGCCCGAUGCCCCGACAUGGUCAGCAAGGGCAAUAUGUAUGGUCAGGUGACUGUUCGCAUGCACUCCAGACAGACGCUGGCAAUCUAUGACCGAUUCGGCCGAUUGAUGCUGGGGGAUGAGGAGGAGCCCAGGGAUGUGUUGGAAUACCUGGUGAUGGAGAGGCACCUAAUAAACCCGUAUGGAUGCUGGAGGCUACAUGGCAAGAUUGUACCAGCCUGGGCACCACCUAAAGACCCCAUCAUUAAGACUGUCAUGAUCCCAGGCCCUAAACUCAAGCCAGAAGAAGAGUUUGAAAGUCUCAAUUAUGAGGUACCCAAUCCCGAGGCAGUGCAAUGGCACAAAUAAUCCAGAGGGUGGUGCAUUCAUGCUUUAUGUACAGACUCUGUGUUGACUUAUGAAAUAAACUAUGUUCAUGUUC